GGUCAGUAUCACAUUGUCAGUUGCGGUGGUAUGUUGUCGCGCAGCGACCGAAGCCGUAAGCGCGUGUUCAAUCCUAAACUUUAUUAUAAAAACAUUGAAAAUAACCUAAGUGUGUAAAUUAACUAAGUACUGAUAUUAUACGUAAUCCAGUGUAAUAUCAACUGUAAUGUGUUUUCCGUACAAGUGUUAUUAAUAGAAGUUGUAUUUUCAAAAUAGAAUAUUGGUGAUGACUGACGACGUGCGUGUUGGGAUUGUGGCGAUGUUUGUUUAGUGUUUAUUAGUUGUGAUAGGUUUUAAUUGACAUAGUGAUGGCGGUCAACUUCAGCUUGUGUUUGCUGCUUGUUGUGUACCGGGUGUCGACGGUGUACUCCGACAGCUUGGAUGUAACUUUGACCGAGCCAAAACCCGAGAUCUCUGAAGGCGUGCGAUGCUACUGCAACACGGCGCAAUGCGUGAGCACGGGCUACAUGUGCCGGUCUACACUUGGGGGAGGAUGCUACAGCGAGCUGCCCGCGCCGCGCCGCCACCACGCCAGCCACGGGUGCCUUCAGCAUCUUGCUGACACGGUCGAAGAAGCAGUGUCCCGUUGCCAGAACUCACCGUCAGCGGACGUACGACCGCCUUCAAGGGAGCAUUCGCUCCUAUUGUGCUGCUUUAGAGACCUGUGCAACCAUGAGGACAGCCCGCUGGCUCGGGCCAGGCUCAAUCUGACGCAUGAUUCAGAAGGCAACACAAUAGCCAGUGACUGCGGCGCCAGCUACAACAGUGAAGUGUGGUUUAAAGCGGCCACCAUAGCGGUACCAGUGUGUGGCGCCAUCAUUCUGUUUCUGCUGGUGGCAGUGGCCGUGCGUUUGCUCAAGGCGGACGCCUUGCUACAUGCGGAUAGGAAACUCAGAGGCGGCUACUCCCUCCCCCUAGCGCAGCACUCGGACGACGUGAAGAAGGUGUGGGUGGGGGCGUCCGCGCCGCUGCUGCUGGCGCCGGGCGCGGGCGGCUGCCUGGUGGCGGUGGAGCGCGCGCAGCUGCGGGACAUGCCGCAUCCACCGCCGCCCGGCAUGGACAUACUGCGAUAGGCAAUGUACAACUGGCCUUAUGGACACCGUACGCACUAAAGGGGUCUUUCAACUUUUUGAUCUUAGUGCCAGCACGGCUUUGCGUGCCGGAUUGUGCGCAAUUUGGCUCUCUGCGGGGCGAAUUGGCAAGUUAGCGAGUUUGGAGAGCCCUCCACUGAAUUGGCUUUUAGUGUCUCGCACCCUUAUUAAUAGUGAUCGGUACCAACGUUUUAAUUUCGUGGCAAAGUAAAAUUCAGCUGAAAUUAUUAAUUAAGGUUAAUAACCUUGAUAUGGUUAUGAACCUUAAUUGACCGUCUCCUUUAAAAUUGUUACUUUCCUUCACUCGACCACGCCGCCAUGAAAUUAAAACGUUACCGAUCACUACUUAUUAUUCUUAUUAAGCACCGUUUUUGUGUAUUAGAUUCUGAAUUGAUAUUUCGAUUGGCUAAUUUACACCAUAGGUUUGUUUUGUAGAGUUAGACCAAGAAAAAUCUGCAACGAUUUUUAGAGCAUACAAUGCAAGUAUUAUUUAUACCUCAUAAUUUCGUAGAAUUUUGACGUUGAAAAAUAAUUCUUGCACUGCGUGUGCUAUCGAAAUCGUUGCAAACUUGUCUUGGUCCGACUCUACCAGUUUAGCACUAAAAUGUCAGAUCGAUUGGACAAAUUAUAGCAACCGAAUUGUCAUAUUUCCGGGAUAUAUUACCGUAGAAAAAGUUUUACGAUCCCGGUUGCAAGAAUGACUACGAAUGUGUUGCUUAGCCUGGUGGUUUAAAAAAGAAGCAACGGUAGGAAUAAAGCGUUGUUCCUUUUUUAAAUCGCAAGUGCGUACAAGGUCUUAGAGUUAAUAAUCUGAAGUGUCGGUUUUAUGGAAUAAGAGGAGUCCAUCUCUGGGUCGCGCUGUUAUAUUGGAUUAUGGUCUGAGUGAAUGUGGAAACGUUCAUCUUAAAUGCUUCGUUUUUCUUUAAUUAGCUGAUGUAAAUAACUGUUUCGAUGGUUAUGUCCACUGCUUUUACUAAUAUUGUCACGCCAACAUAAGAGCAAUGGCGACUACAUCGUUUAAAUCCCUCUUUUGGAGGAGGGAUAAGUCUGUGUUCCGAUUUAAAAAUAAAUAGAAUCACAUAGUGUAGUUUUUAAGAUGCCUCCAUAAUUUACGAGUAAGUACCUGUAUAUAGUAUUAUUUAUCUCAGAUGAUUUUUUCGGGCUUGGGCCCUAAUUUCUUAAACAAAAGCCUUUGUUUCUUUAAGCAGCGGUCUUCAGCACGUGUCAAAGCAACCAUAUCGUUUAAAAAGAAACUAUCGCGAUAGAAUUAAGGUUCAAAUUCAUGUGACAGGUCAUUCAGAACAAUCAGGGUGGGCUUUUCUUUAUAGAUAACAAAACGUGUUAUC